CUUCCUUCCUCUCCUCCUUCCUUCCUUCAGCUCCUCCUUCCUUCCUUCCUCCUCACCGCGGUCACUUUGUCAUCAGGCACCGCCGGCUCCUGAGCUCUGACAGAAAACCCUCCAAAAUGAAGAUCUGGGCGUCAGAGCACAUUUUCAACCAUCCGUGGGAGACGGUGACCAAGGCGGCCAUGCAGAAGUACCCCAACCCCAUGAACCCCGGUGUGUUUGGUGUAGAUGUUCUGGACAGAAGCGUGGACACAGAGGGACGGUUACACAGCACCCGGCUGCUCAGCACAGAGUGGGGGCUCCCCUUCAUCGCCAAGUCUAUCAUCGGGGUAACAAGAUCAUGCACGUAUGUUCAGGAACAUUCAGUGGUGGACCCCAAAGAGAAGAGCUUUGAGUUGAAAUCUACAAAUAUCUCCUUCACUAACCUGGUAUCUGUGGACGAGAAGUUGACAUACAAGCCUCAUCCGCAGGAUCCUGAAAAGACGGUGCUGACACAGGAGGCUCUAAUCAGUGUGAAAGGUGUCAGUCUCAGCAGCUACCUCGAGGGUCUCAUGGCCAACACCAUCUCCUCCAACGCCGGCAAGGGUCGGGAGGCGAUGGAGUGGGUCAUCAGACGAUUAAACACAGAAAUCGAGGAGUUGGCAGCGACCGCUCGUGGUACUCUACGUGCUCCGAUGGCAGCAGCCGUCGCAGACAAAUGAUCCCGGCCUUCCCGCUGCUCUCUCUGCCAUCAUGGACCUCUCGGACAUUUCCUCUCACCUAACCUGCCAGCACAGCCUAACAACCACAUCCCCAUCCUUUUGGCCCCACGUACGUUUGUUUGUGUGUGUUCGUCCCUCCUCAGCAGUCUGCGCCGACGAGCUUGAUAUUCGCCACCGUGGGCAGUGCGAGGAGCGUAGAGCUGAUGACAGUUUAAAAAAAACAAACAGGGUUGAAUUGGACUGCACUUGAAGCUCAUAGGACUUAGUCUUGUGAUGUUAAAGCUCUUUUUAAAAAAAUUCACACUGUGCCUCCACAUCAUCCCAUCACUUUCUUCUUGUCUGUCUUUCUCCUCUUCAUCUUUUCAUCUCUCUCUAAUGUUCUCUUUGUUGUUUCCAAAUCCUUGCAAGCAAGUUGACUAUUGGUAACAACUGAAAUGAAGUCACUUGUCACUAACUUUUUAGUAUUUGGCCAACCUAGCUUUGUACAGCAGAACUGACCAAAAUAUCUCAAAACCAAAAAUCCACCAAAAGCAAACAGUUACACUCUGCUUCAGCUGUCUUGUCUUGUGAUGUUGAAGCUCCAGGCGUUUAUUCUCCACCGUCCUGUGAGGUCAGAUACUGAGCAAGCUGAUAAUCCAGAAGAGUCUGGCUUUUUGCCCCACAUGGACUUUGAUAGAUUUGCAAUGUGAACAGUUUGUUUGCAGCUCAAAGGAAGCAGAGCUCUCAUCUGACAGCCAGUUCUUGUCCAGAUCUGGUACAACCGACUUAACAUUUGAAAGUGUAGUGCCAUCAGGUGGAAGUCUCCCAGCAUGGUGGUCUGGUCUUCAGAUGUUCUAGUGGUCAUUCUGGUCUUGUUUUGGGUGCAAAUGACUUUAUUUCUUCAAGUCUCUCGUCUUUGUCAGUAUUUCCUCUUACACGGAUGAUGUGCUGUACAGUUAAGUGUUACAGUAUAAGAAUGUGCAUACUUGAAUGUCUAACUUAUUUUCAGCAUGUGGUCUUGAAUACAUUUAAAAAGGGAGGAAGUCCUUGAAAUGUGCAGAGCUGCCAAAUGAGUUUGUGAGCACUGAGCAACAUGUUGGCAUUAGACUAGUUCGAGAUGAGCCAGACCUGCGCAGAAUCGAUGUCCGCACAAUGCAUUCUGGUUAGGGGUACGUUCCAAAUCGCAUAUGUACUGCAGCUGCCCACACAAAGUACUUAAUGUUUCAUGCAGUAUGCAUACAAUUGGGUUAACUACUUUCGUCAUAACAUUGCACCUUGAACUUUGACCGUCUUGCUCAUAUAUCCGCUGUGCAGAGGAUUGUGGGUAAGAAUAGUCAGAAAAGCAUGCUGGCUUGCAUACUACCAAAUACAUACUAUGUAUUGGGACAUACUAAAUAUUUUUCUGGCAUACUAAAUAGUAUGGUAGUAUGGGUAUUGGAAAACACAGUGGAUUUGUCUCUUGCUCUGACGUCGUGCACAAUGACCUCAGGAGAUCGAGGUGGCCGCAGUUUUUAGAGCCAGGCGCUGCAAUUGCUAGAAAAUCCUGAUUUUUCUGUGUAAUUGUAAUAUAUUAAUUUAUUAAUAAUAAUAAUAAUAAUAAUAAUAAUAAUAAUAAUAACAACAACAAUAAAAGUUAUUUAUAUAGCACUUAUCAAAACGAGCAUUACAAUGUGCUUUACAAGGCAGACAUAAAAAAAGUCGAAGCUCCAAAGUAUUCGUGUCAGCCCUAUCUGUGACUUCCUGUGCCGGAAACUGUCUGACUUGACCGCAGCUUUUUGUCACCGCCGCCUGAUCUCGUCUACUCUCCAGGUUAGACGCGGUUCAUCUCGAACGAGCCUAUCGACCACAGUGUUUUAAUGUGUUGCAAACGUUCAGCAGUGUUGUAAGAGGAGCUCUGCAGGGUUGUGUUCAGGGUCGCUGAGUGUGCCAACAUAAAAUGUGAAGGUUGAAAUAACUGUAACGAUUUAGUAUCCCAAAACACUUCAUUUCUGAUCAUGAACAAACCCACUCCGUAUGCUUGGUCCGAUUAUUUUCAAACUGUCUAUAGAUGGUGUUAUUUAUAGUAUAUUUGUAUUAGCGAACAUUGACAAAGGCUGUUAAAUUGAUUGAGUUUUGAAAAGCUUGUGGUGUUUUCAUACUACAUGUCCCUUCCUUAUCCCUCAGUGGACUCUCAGGUGCUACAUAGUUCAGUUUCCCUGUUUGCUUCCUUCAUGAAGACCACAUUGAGAUGAAGGAGAUAUAAUAACUUUGUAACUCUUGUUCGUUCUUCUCUAGAAAUUUUAAUAAGUAAUACAGUUCUACGAAUUAAAGUUUACAUCAGAGGGGUUUGUGGUACAACGAAAGCAUCUUUACAAUAUCUGUUAAUGGAGCUCCGCAUCACGAGUCUUCCACGAUGCUCCACAGUCGGCAUCCUGCUCCGCUCAUGUUCUCAGUUCAGUAAAUCUUCUGUGUAUCUACAGUAGGUCAGUCUUGUUCACACCUUCUUCCAGUUCAGCUGAGAUUAUUUUUUAAAAGCUUGUUAAUAAUAAACUAACUCCUCAUCGUGUCCAGCUCAGCAUCACUCCGUUUGAAGUCUGGUCAGCUGCUUCACUGACCGUCAGCCAGUCGGUUGUCCUCACAGUGUCUCGUUUCAUGACUGAAAGUGUGGCGUUUUUCUAGGGUGAACAUUUUUAGAAACACAGUGGCUGUAAAUAGGCUUAUAUUUAUAUUUACAUUCCAAGAAUGUGAACAUGUGACAAGAGUCUAAAGAGUGCACACUGAAAUGUUUCAAAAUAAAGAAAAGUCAUUGUUUCAUGAA